AUGCUGAUGAUUGAGGGAGAGGAUCCCGCGUCUCCAACAGCAGCCAUCACCACACCAGACUGGGAGCUGUUCAUGCCCCAAAGCGACACACAUAUUCAGAAGAAUUAUUUGAUCACAUUUGUUCUCUGUAUCUCCUGUGUUCUUGGGAAAACUAUAGUGGUUCUAAUGGCCUUUAAAGCUACACUUCCUGGAAGUAAUGCAAUGAAAUGGUUUGGACCUGUACAGCAAAGAAUGACUGUAAUAUCUUUUACAUUUAUUCAGGUUAUAAUAUGUAUCAUUUGGUUGGUUGUGAGUCCUCCCUUCCCAGUGAAAAAUCUGACCACCUACAAGGAGAAGAUCAUCCUGGAAUGUGCGUUAGGCUCUGCUGUUGGUUUCUGGGCUGUGCUCGGCUACAUCGGCCUGCUGGCUGUGUUUUGCUUUGUGUUAGCUGUUCUAGCUCGGAAACUACCUGAUAAUUUUAACGAAGCCAAGAUGAUAACCUUCAGCAUGUUGAUAUUCUGUGCAGUCUGGAUCACCUUCAUCCCAGCUUAUGUCAGCUCUCCUGGAAAAUUUACUGUGGCUGUGGAGAUAUUUGCUAUUCUGGCCUCCAGUUUUGGACUGAUACUGUGUAUAUUUGCUCCAAAGUGUUUCAUCAUUUUGUUUCAGCCUGACAAGAACACUAAGAAACAUUUAAUGAACAAAAACUAA